GGAAAGACGACGGGAAUUACACCAUCACGGCCCUCAGUGGAGAUCAAAGGGAUCAGUUCUCCUUCAGCCUCAGAGUGAAAGCGCCCACCUCCAUGAUGUUCCCUCCGCCCUCCUCCGUCCCCGUGCUGCUGCCCCAGGUGGAGGAGCUGGUGGUGCCGCUCCACACCGCCUUCACGCUGACCUGUCGGGGAGAGGCCAAGCUGGCCUGGAGCACGCCGCUCCACGUGCACGAGCAGGCGCGCGAGGACAACAGCGGCCUGUUCGUCACCACCGUCGCCGUGGACAACGCCACGGCGACGCACACCGGCUACUACUCGUGCUUCUACGCCCGGAACGCCACGGAGGACACGGAGGACAGCAGCAUCUAUGUCUACGUGCCAGAUCCAGACGUUCCCUUCGUGCCCUCGCUGGUUCCCUUUGGCAACCACGUCCUGUCCGACCACGAGGACAUGGAGAUCCAGUGCCGCGUGUCCGAUCCCAGCGCCAACGUGACGCUGGUCAACGUGGACACCCAGCUGCCCGUGGCCAGCGUGUACGACAGCAAGAGGGGCGCGUUGGGCGUGUUCACCGCGGGAACCUACGUGUGCAGGGCCGACGUCAACGGGGAGGAGCACUACAGCGGGGAGUACAUCGUCCACGGCUGGGCAGGUGGCGCCGCGCUGCACGUGGAGCUGACCGCCGAGCGGACCGCUCUGCUGGUGGGGGACACCGUCACCGUCACCUGUCUGGCUCGGGGGUCUGAGAUCCUGGAGGACCACUGGAAAUACCCGGGAAAGCUGGUCAACCGCGGCGUCAAAACCGUGCACGAGAACAAGCGCGACCAGGAGAUCCGCUACACCCUGACGAUCCCGCAGGCCUCCACCAAAGACAGCGGCAUCUACUCGUGCUCCAUCACCGACAUCAUCAGCAACGACAGCCAGACCAAGGAACUGGCCGUCCGAGUUUUCGCGAGCGAGUUCAUGUCCGUGCGGCCGGAGUUCAGCGAAUACGAGUCGGCGGAGCUGGACGAGGUUCGGGAGUUCAGGGCCGAGAUCAGCUCCUUCCCCGGCGCCCGCGUCACUUGGCUCAAAGACGGCGUGCCGCUCGGCGACGUGACGGCGGAGAUCUCCACCAGCCUGCGGCAGCUCGGCGAGACCAGCUACAUGGGGGUUCUCACCCUGAUCCGGGCCAAGGAGGAGGACAGCGGGAACUACACCAUGCGGGUGGAGAACGGAGACCGGAGACGUGACGUCGGAUUGAUCCUGGAGGUCAAAGUGCCCGCCGUCAUUGUGGACCUGAUGGACAUCCACCACGGCUCGGCCAGCGGCCAGUCCGUGGUGUGCAUCACCAGAGGGCAGCCGGCUCCGGUGGUGGACUGGUUCGUCUGCAAGAACAUCAAACAUUGUGCCAACGACUCGUCCGCCUGGGCGCCGCUCCCCGCCAACUCCACGGAGGUCACGAUGGACUCGCGCGUGGACGAGGAAAACAACCUGGAGAGCCAGGUGUUGUUCGGCCACCUGGAGAGCACGCUGGCGGUGCGCUGCCUGGCCCGGAACGAGAUGGGCGCCGUCAGCAGGGAGGUCAAGCUGGUGUCGAAUGGCCCCCACCCAGAGCUGACGGUGGCUGCUGCUGUGCUGGUGCUGCUGGUCAUUGUCAUCAUCUCACUCAUUGUCUUGGUUGUUAUCUGGAAACAGAAGCCGCGCUACGAGAUCCGCUGGAGGGUCAUCGAGUCCGUGAGCCCGGACGGCCACGAGUACAUCUACGUGGACCCCAUGCAGCUUCCCUACGACUCCAGAUGGGAGUUCCCCCGAGACAGACUGGUGCUCGGUCGCAUCCUGGGCUCCGGGGCCUUCGGGAAGGUGGUGGAGGGCACCGCUUACGGACUGAGCCGCUCCCAACCCGUCAUGAAGGUGGCCGUGAAGAUGCUGAAACCCACGGCGCGCUCCAGCGAGAAGCAGGCCCUGAUGUCCGAGCUGAAGAUCAUGACUCACCUCGGACCACAUCUCAACAUCGUGAACCUCCUGGGAGCGUGCACCAAAUCAGGGCCCAUCUACAUCAUCACGGAGUACUGCUUCUACGGGGACCUCGUCAACUACCUGCACAAGAACAGGGACACCUUCAUCAGCCUGAACCCGGAGAAGAGCAAGAAGGAGCUGGACAUCUUCGGGAUCAACCCUGCAGAUGAGAGCAGCAGGAGCUACGUGAUCCUGUCCUUCGAGAGCAAGGGAGACUACAUGGACAUGAAGCAGAGCGACAACACUCAGUACGUUCCCAUGCUGGAGAUGAGCGACGCCUCCAAGUACUCCGACAUCCAGAGGUCCGAGUACGACCACCCGCCCUCUCAGAAAGAGGACGAGAUGGACGACCUGCUGUCGGACGACAUGAGCGAAGGCCUCAGCACCACCGACCUGCUCAGUUUCACCUUCCAGGUGGCCAAAGGGAUGGAGUUCCUGGCUUCCAAGAAUUGUGUGCAUCGGGACCUCGCCGCCAGGAAUGUGCUCCUCUCUCAGGGCAAGAUAGUGAAGAUCUGCGACUUCGGACUGGCCCGAGACAUCAUGCACGACAACAACUACGUCUCCAAAGGGAGUACCUUCCUGCCCGUGAAGUGGAUGGCGCCAGAGAGUAUUUUCGACAACAUGUACACCACCCUGAGUGACGUCUGGUCGUACGGCAUCCUGCUGUGGGAGAUAUUCUCCUUAGGUGGAACCCCGUACCCGGGCAUGGUGGUGGAUUCCAGCUUCUACAACAAGAUCAAGAGCGGAUACAGGAUGUCCAAACCGGAGCUUGCGCCCGAUGACGUGUACGAGAUGAUGAUGAAGUGCUGGAACAGCGAGCCGGAGAAGAGGCCUUCGUUCCAGGGUCUGACGGACUCGGUUUCGUCCCUGCUGCCCUCCAGCUACAAGAGGCAUUACGAGAAGGUGAACCGCGAGUUCCUGAAGAGCGACCACCCCGCGGUGACCCGGAUGUGCGUGGAGAGCGACGACGCCUACAUCGGCAUCAGCCACAAGAACCAGGGCAAGCUGAAGGACCGGGAGAGCGGCUUCGACGAGCAGCGGCUGAGCUCCGACAGCGGCUACAUCAUCCCCUCCCCGACCUGGACCCCUUGUCCGACGACGAGUACGGGAAGAGGAACCGACACGGCUCUGAGACGUCCGAGGAGAGCGCCAUCGAAACGGGCUCCAGCAGCUCCACUUAUGCCAAGCGCGAGGGUGAGACUCUGGAGGACAUAACGCUGCUGGACGAGAUGUGUCUGGACUGCAGCGACCUGGGGGAGGACAGCUUCCUGUGACGAGCACCCAGCCUGUAGAGCAGAAGC